ACGCGCAGGUUGGGAGUAUCGCCAAUCAGGGCGAAGAUGCGUACUGGAGAUGCGCAAAGAACGAAAACUGGUCUUCGGAGUUAUGGACUCUGAUGAACUGCGGUGUAUAUAUUAUUACGCUUACAUUAUUAAACACGCAAAAUUUACAACCUUAAAAAUGAGUGCCCCAAUAAGUACAGCAAUGGACAGUUUAACAGCUGCACUUAAAUCUAAUAUAAUUCCAAACCAAGAGUAUUUGUUACAAGGAUCAGUUCUGGAUAGUGCAGUAGAAGUAUUGCUUCAUAGGUUACGUGGUUUAUGUGACAAUGUUGAUACUGGACCAGAAACUUUUAAUGAUCAUGAAAUGUGUUUCAGUAUUAGAGCAUCAGAGCAACCAUUGCUUUUACGUGUAAGGAGAGCUUUGGAUUAUCAAGACAUGCCUUGGCAAUUACGGUAUAUUGGUCAACCAGAAUUGGGUGAUAAAUCACGUCCAACCAUUGUUAGAAGUAGUUUAGAUAUUGCAACCAGUAACACAGUUGUUGACUUUUUAACAGAACUUGGAUGUAGAUUAGAUUUUGAAUACAUUGCACGUGGUUACAUGUUCCGUAAAGGCAGAAUGAAGGUGACAGUUUCUAAGAUAUUUAAAAUGGGUCAGCAGGGUAAAAUGCCUGAAAGUAUGGAAGCCAUAUCUCAAAGCUAUUUAGUAGAAUUGAGUGUCUUAGCACCAAGUGGUCAAGAUGCAAUAGCAGAAGAUAUGAGAAUCUUUGCUGAACAACUAAAACCCUUGGUUCAGCUUGAAAAAAUUGAUUAUAAAAGACUUGUUCAUUAAUAUAGAAGGUAUAGGAUUAAUUAACAUUAUAUUUUUAUCAUAAAAUUAUAUACUUUACAUCUGUAAAUCUGUCUUGUAAAAUUGUACAUAAUUAAACGUUUUUAUAAUUCAAAACAUAUAAAAAUAAAUUUGUAUAUCUAUUUUAAUCAGA